AUCCAGUCAAUCUGUCAGUCUCUCACCCACCUCCCACCUUACCUGACCAAGACUUACCUGCCCUUCUCACCUGUGUUCCCUUAAUUGGCUUACCUGGCAACACCUGGUCACUUUAUCCUCGCCUUUUGCUGGUUUUCCUUUCCUUCCUUUUCUCUUUUUGUUUGUUUUUGUUUUGGGUUAUUUUGUUUUUCUUUGUGUUUUGUUUUUUUGGUCGUAUAGUUUCUGCUCCUUUCUUAUUUGUUGUUUAUUUUUUUUUGUUUUUUUUUUGUUUGUGGUUUAUUUAGCUUUUUUUUUCUCCUCCUCCUCCUCCUCCUCCUUCUCCUUUCUCUUCUUUCUCCUCUUUCUCCUCCUCUUUCUCUCCCCCUCUUCCUCCUUUCUCUUCUUUCUCCUCCUCUUUCUCUCCCCCUCCUCUUCCUUUUCCGUCUCUCUUCCUCAUCCUUUUCCCUCACCCUCCCUGCCGACCUCCUCCUCCUCCUCCUCCUCCUCCUCCACCAGCAUGUCACGUCACUCCUCCAUCUCCUCCUCCUCCUUAUCCACCAAGGGCUCGGCAGUAAAGAAGAUGGAGGUGUCUGAGGGCCCCCCCGGAGAUGCAGAAGGGGGCGAGGGGGCAGCGCCGAGGGGUGGGAUGGGGUGGGAGAUGACUGCCUUCUUCCUCGUUGCACAGAUGGCCGGCGCUGGCUUCCUCUCGCUACCCAAGGGCGUGGCGAACUCAGGCUGGAUGGGCGUAGUGAUGAUCCUGACCUUCUGCGUGGGCAUCGGGUUCUCCGGGACCAAGCUGGGAGAGUGCUGGGUCAUCCUGGAGGAACGAUGGCCGGAACGCUUCUUGGGCGGGUCACGACAGCCGUACAUGGACAUUGCGGAGAAGUCACUAGGACGGCCCGGCAGGAUCGUUGCCCUGGCCAGCGUGGUGAUCACUCUGCUCGGUGGGUCAACGGUGUUCCUGAUCCUGAUGGCCUCCUUCAUGAACGAGUUGAUUGGAUCCGUGUCGGUCUGCGCCUGGGUUCUGGUCAUGGCCGCUGUGGUUAUGCCCUUCACUUGGCUGGGCACGCCGAAGGACUUCUGGCAAGCGUCAGUCAUCGCCGUCGCCAGCACCGCCAUCGCCUGCUUCGUCAUCUUCAUCGAACUCAUGAUGGAGAUCCCCGAAGACUUCCCGCCCGAGUACCGGAACCCUACAGUCUUCUCCUUCGCUUUGGGCUUCGGCGCCAUCCUCUUUGCCUUUGGUGGGGCCUCAGUCUUCCCAACCAUCCAGAACGACAUGGCAGACCGCUCGCAGUUCAGCUCCAGUAUUGUCUUUGCUUUUGGUGGUCUAAUGAUCAUGUACUUGCCUGUUGCCAUCGGGGGCUACGUGGUCAAGGGGUAUGAUGUGGCUGGUAACAUUCUGCUCGGGGUGGACACGACGCGAUGGUGGAUCAAAGGGGCGAUCGUCAUGGAGAUUCUGAACCUAAUGGGAACUUAUAUCAUCAGCUGCAACCCCGUCUCCCAGGUGUUUGAGGACCAGCUGGGAAUUGAGAAAAAGUUUUCAUGGCGUCGCUGUGUGCUCCGUUCCUGCAUUGUGUUGGGUGAGGUCGUUGUGGGUCUCGCUGUGCCAAGCUUCGACAAGAUCCUCAACCUGAUCGGCGGCUCCACGGUGACCAUUUGCUCCUUCCUCCUACCCGGCAUUAUGUACCUCCGGCUGUGCGACAUGAAGGGAAACUGGCCGAAGAGGGUCGUGCCGCUAUGGGAGAGAACGGCACUCAUUCUCAUCGUGUGUGUCGGGGUCAUCGGCGGCAUCGUGUCCACCGCCACCGCCAUCUGGGACAUCCUCGACCCGGAUUCUAUGGGCAAGUCCUGCUUCGUCGAGUUCAACCCCGAGUAGGUUAGGUUCCAAACGUCUUACAGGGGGUUGGAUUCUGUUAAAGGGUUUUGGAUUCUCUUAUAAGGGGGUUGGGUCCUGUUUCGAGGGUUUUGGAUCCUCUUAAAGGGUGCUGGGUUGUCGUAAGGGAGUUGGAUCAUGUUAAAAGGUGUUGGAUUCCUCUAAAACGUGUUGAAUUCUCUUAUGAUUCUGUUAAAGGGGUUUGGGUUCUCUUAUAAAGGGGUUGGGUCCUGUUUCGAGGGUUUUGGAUCCUCUUAAAGGGUGCUGGGUUGUCUUAAGGGAGUUGGAUCAUGUUAAAAAGUGUUGGAUUCCUCUAAAACGUGUUGAAUUCUCUUAUGAUUCUGUUAAAGGGGUUUAUAUUCUCUUAUAAAGGGGUUGGGUCCUAUUUCGAGGGGUUUGGAUCCUCUUAAAGGGUGCUGGGUUGUCGUAAGGGAGUUGGAUAUGUUAAAAAGUGUUGAAUUCUCUUAUGAUAGUGUUAGGGCUGAACAAAUGAUGAUGAUCCUCUUUAAACAGUGCUGGAUCCUCUUAUAUACGUGAUGGGGCCUCCUAAAAUGGUGUCUAGGCUUCAUAAGGUGUUGGAUCCUCUAUAAUAGGGAUUACUAUAGUGUUCGAUCCUUUUAGGUGUUCUGGGAGGGGGUUCAAGGGUUUAUACUCGUUUAUGGACCCACUAAGGAAUUAUGGGAGGGAAUAAGGGGGAUCAGAUUCUUUUAUAGCGUCUUGGAUUCUCCUUAAGGGUUCAGAGAGUUAAGGGUGCUGGAUACUACUCGAUAAUGGUGGACUCUUUCACAGGGUAUUGGGAGGAUUUAUGAGGGGUUUGGAUUCCUUUAAAUAGUCCCUGAUUCUCUCUAAGUAUUCAGGGAAGGGUUAAAGAGGGUUGAAUGCCUUUAUAGAGUCUUCGAUCCUGUUUAAAAGGGUUGAGAGUCUGUACAAGGGGUUCGAUUCUCUUAAAGGGGGGUUGAGAUGUUCUAAAAGUGGUGUAAUGGGAUGUAUAGAGUAGAGAGUGUUCUGUAUAUAUAUUGAGAGUAUUAAGUGGGUAUUAGUAGUAGUAGUAGUAAGUUAGUAAGUAAAUAAGUAUUAGUAGAAUAUUUUUUUUUAUUUCCUUCUUGAAUAUCGAGAUAGUACUUGAUCUGAGGAGAAUGUUAUGGUGUAAAGGAAGACUAUUAAGUAACUGAGAACCUAAACUAAUCACACUGUUAUUAAAAAGCGUUGUUCUGAAUUGUCGGCAGUACGAACCAACAUUGUUACUUCUGGUGUUUCUUGGGUUGUCGACAAUAUUUAAGAUGUUAUUUCCUACACAGUUGCGCACCAUUCUGAAUACAAUAAAGUAAAAUAUCUACCA